GCAGCGCGAGCUCUGUGAGCUGUGGAGAAGAGCUGAGGGAGAGAUGGAGAGGCUAACUUUACUGGCGCUGACGGUCACUUUAAUCUCCGCAGUGUUUGCGGCGAAGUCCCCUUAUCAGGCGGUUCUUCAGCACAGCAGGAUAAGAGGGAGACUGCAAGGACCCAAUGUGUGUGCUAUGCAGAAGAUCCAGGGGACUGAUAAGAAGUACUUCACCAACUGCAAGCAGUGGUACCACCGCAAAAUAUGCGGCAAACCAACGACAAUCGCCUAUGAGUGCUGUCCAGGUUAUGAGAAGGUGGUUGGAGAGAAAGGUUGUCCUGCAGCUCUUCCCUUGCUGAAUAUCUACAACACUCUGGGUGUGGUUGGGGCCACUACCACUAAGAUGUACUCUGAGAGGGCAAAGCUGCAAGAAGAGAUUGAGGGACCUGGAAGUUUUACAUUCUUUGCCCCCAGCAAUGAAGCCUGGGCUGCCCUUCCCACUGAAAUUCUGGACGCCCUGGUGAGCAAUGUCAACAUCGAGCUCCUCAAUGCAUUACAUUACCACAUGGUGAACAAACGCUUGACUUCAGAUGACCUCAAGCACGGUUCCUCGUUCCCCUCCAUGUACCAGGACUUCGAUGUUCAUAUCCAUCAUUAUUCCAAUGGAAUUGUGACAGUCAACUGUGCUAGACUGGUGAAGACAGACCAGCAUGCCACUAAUGGAAUCGUACAUGUUGUUGACAGAGUCAUCACAGCUAUCACUAACAACGUUAAUGCUUUCCUUGAGACUGAAGAUGAAUUGCAGUCACUGCAGACUGCUAUUGCAGCUGCUGGUCUUACUUCCAUGUUGGAGAAUGAGGGUUCCUACACAAUCUUUGCUCCAACCAAUGAAGCCUUUAAGAAGAUUCCCCAAGAAAUGCUGGACAGAAUCUUGGGAGACCCUGUAGCUCUUAAAGAUCUGCUGAAUUACCACAUUGUAAAGAACUUGCACUGCGCUGAGUCAAUUGUGGCGGGGGUACCUCUGGAAACACUCCAGGGCACAGUGCUGGAGGUGGGCUGUGAUGGAAAUGAUAUGACCCUCAAUGGCAAAGCCAUCGUCACAGAGAAGGACAAGCUUGGCACUAAUGGAGUUGUCCAUUAUAUUAGUGAACUUCUCGUCCCUGAUUCAGCUAAGACUCUGAAGGAACUUGCUGAGGGAACUCCACAGGUUUCCACAUCCAUAAAGCUUUUCAUGGAUGCUGGUCUAGGUGCUCAUCUUACUGGAUCUGAGACAGUGACACUGAUAGCACCUCAAAACGAUGCUUUCAAAGGCAGUGCGACUUUGACUCCUAGCUUGAGGAAAGCUCUGAGGAACCACAUUUUGAAGAACAAGUUCUCCUCCAAGAGUCUUUACCAUGGACAGGAGCUGGAAACACUUGGAGGAAAUAAACUCAGAGUGUUUGUUUACAGAAACAACCUUUGCAUCGAGAACGCCUGCAUUGCUGCUCAUGACAAAGAUGGACGUUAUGGCACCAUGUUCACUGUGGAUAAAAUCCUGGCUCCUCCCAUGGGCACUGUCAUGGAUGUUCUGAAGGCUGAUAGUCGUUUCAGCAUCCUAGUUGACAACGUUCAGAAAGCAGGCUUGACUGAGCUGUUGAACAAAGAGGGACCCUACACCAUCUUCGCCCCCACCAACGACGCAUUCCGUGCCAUGCCCCCAGCUGACCUCAACAAACUUACAAGAGACCCCAGAGAACUGACUAAGGUUCUGAAGUACCACAUCGGUGAACAGUUUCUCGUUAGUGGUGGAGUGACAUCUCAUACCAGAGUGAAGCCCCUCUUAGGAGAAAAACUGGAGUUGGGCGUGCGGAACUCCACUAUGUACGUGAACAGGGUGCCCGUUGUUGAUGGUGACAUGAUGGCUACUAAUGGAGUGGUCCAUGCUGUUGGCUCAAUCAUAAAGCCACUGCCUCCUAAAACUGUGAGUGACCAGGCAGACAGCUCUUCAACAAGACGUACCUCUGCAGUGAAGGCCGGCCCACAGCUUAUGAAAAAUGAGGAUCUCUUCCAGAAGGUCUUGAACAGCCGGUCCAGCAGAACAAUGACCCGAGUCCAGUAAAUUCAGUGGUGAAAAAGUGAAGUUAAUUCCAUUCUCCACUGCUUUAGGAAGACUGAAGUGCACAAUAAGUCAUCUUCCUGUUAACAGUGGGGAGGUAAUUAGCUGAGUUAAAAAAUAAAAAAACAAGUCCAACAAACCAAGUAAAGAUGGAAACGUCAAAGAUCUUAAUAUUUCAGUACUUUUUUUGAAUGCCAAAGAUUUUCACUGGGGUACAGUAUUUUAAAGGUUUGCAAAUUAAAGAUAGUAAAUUAGCCAUGUAUCAUAAUGUGUUUUGAAUAUUUGUUCAUUUAAUUUCUCAGUUUAAAUCUGAUUUGUAUUCUAGGUCAGAGUUUGCGGAAUGUUACCUGUUUUAGUUUGUUUUCCACUUUUUUGUUUGGUUUGUUGUUUGAUAUAAAUGUAGCAUGUUUGCAUGGUUUAAGCUGGAACAAAAAUGCUAUUUGGGCACAUACCAGUGCAGGUCAGGUUUACGUCUUAGAAGUUCCCUUUUUCAACUGUGUAGAAGCUGAUCUUAUGCAAAACAAACACGAUUUGUGUGUAACUUACUGUACUGAUGUUCAUUACAUGUACUUGAGUUUAUCAGAAGUCUUGGUACCACCAAUGAGGAUCUUACUGAUCCAACCAGCAGACAAUGAAGAUGAAGUAAUUUGAAACUAAAUAAAACAAAAUACAGAAUUAAUGUUUUUAUUGGCAUUAUGUUUAUAAUUAUAAAACAAUUUCAAUAUAUGGUGAGAAACAUACAUUAUGCUUGCUUCAUUUGAGCAGGUUUGUUUACUAAGUGGAUUAAUGUAAGAUUUCUUGGUGGACAGAAGACAUGCGUUGAACUUGAGCUGAUGCUGGGCAUUGUACUGAUAAAAAAUAUUUUUUGUGGAACCAAAGAACAAUAUUUACAUAUUUCACAAUAAAAUUGACCCUUUUUAA